AAUUCCACCCAAAUGUGUGACGACUUUUCAAAAUGACGGCUUCCCGUUAAAAACGUUAAGAGAUAAAUUUUCAACCAUCCCAAUUCGACAAAAGAAAAUAUACAAAAUAGAAAUAAAAAGAAAAUCUAUUUGCAGUGCUUGUUGCGAUAAAUAAAAUCCAAUAAAAAUUAAAAUACGAAACGAACGUCUAUCUCGAAACUCGAUUUAUUUAUUAAAACAGAACAAAAAUUAAUCUAAAAAGCAGAAGAAGAAUAAGAAAGAAAAUUGGAAAAUGCAAAGUUUUAGUUUUAAGUGUGUCGGCUGUCGGUGGAUGUGGUGAAUCUGCGAAAAAGAAAAUUUCCAAUCCAACUCCUCGCUCCAAGCUUCUUGGCCUCUCUUCUCCCUGUGCUGUGCCUGUGGUGGCCUGUGGUUGUCCUGUCUUGCUGUGUAAACCGUGAAUUCAAGUGAAGAAGGAAAUAAAUCAAAAAAUAAGCAAAAAAGGUGUGUGUGGUUUUUGCAUAAAACCAAAUUUAUAUAUUUCCUUGAAUAUGCAUUCCCUCUCUGAUUUCCCUUGAUUAAUUGUGAGUGCAAAUUAUCCACAAUUAAAAAAAAUCUAACAAAAUUUUCGUUCUUAAUUGUGAGAAAAAAUCUAAAAGAAAAAAGAAACGAAAAAAAAUUAUAUCAUUCCGUAAAAAUUGUCAACACGUCGUCGUCGUCGUUGUUGGUCGAGUCCGGAGUCGGAGUCGUUUGGAUUCAGUCGGUUCUAUUUGGCGGCGACGUAUUUUACAGCAGCGUGACAAGGACAAAGUGAUUAUCAUCACCACCAAAUCGUUUUUCUUUUUGUAUUUAUUUAUUUUUGGAUUUCGUUUUUCUUCUUAAAAAAAAAAUAAAAAGUUGUCGCCUCCGAGAGAAAACAGAAAACUGUGCGCAAUCAACACACCGAGGAAAGAAAAGGAUUAAACAAGGAUCAUAAUUAUUUUAAAUAAUAUUAUUUUUAGUUGUUCUUUGAGGUGGCGAAUGAUAGUAGAACUGCAAAUAAGUCAAGGUUCCUUUUGAUUUCAAAACAUUCGUUCUCCAGCAUUAUGUGGACUGAUAUGAAGGACUCUUUUUAAAUAAUCACUUUCUACAUUUAAACACGUUAAAAGGAACAUUUCUGUAAAAUAAUAAUAAAACAAAAUUCGAGCUUAAGGAAUAAACAAAAAUAAAAUAAUUGAAAAUGAGCGGCUAUACGGCAAAAACAAAAUAUUCAAUUUUGAAAUAAAUUUUGGAAAUAAGUGAAAUAUUCAAAUAAAACAAAACAAACAAAAUAAUCAACUAUUUGUGUGUGCAAAAAAAUUAAAACAACACUAAAAAAAACACCCUUCUAAAAUGGCAUACCGUAAACCAUCCGAUUUGGAUGGUUUUAUAAACCUCAUGCCAAAAGCUGAUAUGCGCGUCAAAGCAAUACUCGCUGAAGAUCUUGUAACAUUUUUGAGCGAUGAGAACAAUUCCAUUGUGUGCAUGGAUUUGGGCCUACUCGUCGAUGGAUUGAUGCCAUGGUUAACUGGAAGUCAUCAUAAGAUAGCACAAAAGUCUUUGGAAGCGUUUACAGAACUAAUCAAACGAUUGGGUCCUGAUUUUAAUGCGUACACAGCAACAGUUCUUCCACAUGUUAUUGACCGUUUAGGUGACAGCAAAGAUACAGUCCGCGAGAAGGCACAAUUACUGCUGCACAAUUUAAUGGAAUUCAAAGUUCUCAGUCCGCAACAGUUGAUUGAUAAAUUAGUACCGUGUUUUAAACAUAAAAAUUCCAAAGUUCGCGAAGAGUUCCUUCAAACAAUCGUGAAUACAUUAAAUGAAUACGGAACAUCGCAGUUAUCAUUAAAGUCUUACAUUCAACCAAUUGUGAUACUACUGGGUGAUCCAACGUCUACAGUGCGGGAUGCUGCAAAUCAAACACUCGUAGAAAUCUACAAACACGUUGGUGAUAGAUUAAGAUCUGAUUUAAGACGUAAAGAAGUUCCAUCUACCAAACUGGCUAUCUUAGAACAAAAAUUUGACGAAGUAAAAGAGGAAGGUCUUCUACUGAAAUCAGCUCUCAGUCAUAAUGGACACGAUGAGGCAGAUCAUGCGGCACCAGUUCGACCUACUAAAUUAAUAAAACGAACUGUUUCAGCUGCUUCAAAGAAACCAACAUGCCUUGAUGUUACAUCAACUGGUGAUGCUGGGGCUGUAACAUGGGAAAUCUUUGAAGCUUCAUUUGAAUUGGUGCCGCAACUAACAAUAUUUCAUCAACGCGAUAUGGAUGACCAGUUUAAGCAUAUCAAUGCAGUGAUUGGAGAUAAAACUAUGGACUGGGAGAAGCGAGUCGACGCACUGAAAAAAAUUCGCUCUCUUCUACUGUUAAACUUUCAAAUGACACCUUAUAUAAAAGAUAUGUCGAUAUCAUUCCUUGACAUUUUAAAAGAGCUUCGCUCGCAGGUAAUACGAGAAGCAUGCAUCACAAUUGCGUAUAUGAGUAAAUCCUUAGGACUGAAAGUCGAUCAAUUUUGCAUUUACAUUCUCGCAGAACUCAUAAAUCUCAUUCAAAAUUCAGCCAAAGUAAUUUCGUCUGCUGGCACAAUUGCUCUCAGAUAUGUGAUCAAGUAUACACAUUCUCCAAAAUUGCUCACAAUCAUCACAUCAACAUUGACGCAAUCAAAAUCUAAAGACAUUCGUUCGUCUCUAUGUGAGAUCAUGGUGAUGAUAUUCGAAGAAUGGCAAACCAAAUCGUUGGAACGCAGUGCAAACGUACUAAGGGACACCUUAAAGAAAUCCAUCAGUGAUGCGGAUAACGAUGCUAGAAAGCAUAGCAGGAGAGCUUACUGGUUAUUCCGAAGGCAUUUCUCUGAUUUGGCUGAUCAAAUUUACGAGAGUUUGGACAGUGCAACCCAAAGGGCACUUGAAAGGGAACGUGAUUUGAUGUAUGGUACAAAUGGUACGGGGGGUCCAAUGAAUAAAAGUCUUGGUGGUAGUAGUUCAAGUUUGUCGUCUAUGGCGGGAGUAGGUAGAAGUACUCAUCGACGAUCUACUGGACUCAAAUCACCAGCGACAGCACCUUCAGUUGAUACAAGCACUAGCACGGAAAAUCUGUCUCAGCCUAGAUUGAAUCGAGUGCCUUCGUUGCCGAGAUCAUAUCGUAAUCGUAGUGGAAUACCAAUUGCUCAGACUUAUAUUCCUCCUAGAGCUGGCUUUAGAAGCGUUUCGGCCGUUGAUACUGCUGCUGUACAAAGAGCUAGAGCGCGUGCGCAAUACUCAAAUUUAGCUAGAUUAAAAGUUACAUCUGGAACUGCCUCGCUGCAAGGGCAUGUAGCCCAACAAGCACGAGCAAGGAAAGUUGCCAGUUCAACAACAACGCCGCAACAUGCAUCUCCUGAGCAUAGACCAGCUCCGCGCUCAAGAACAGGAGUCUCACAAUCUCAACCUGGCUCUCGAAGUACAUCACCAUCAUCAAAGCAACGUUCAAUGUUUGGUUCAUAUACAUCGUACAGACCAACGGGUACAAUACCAAAGCCAAAGGCAUCGGGCAUCCCACGGUCAUUGGCUAAUUCAAGGGAAACAAGUCCAACAAGAGGAGCGACAAUCCGAAGAAAUGUCUAUUCGACAAAUACUCCCCGGCGCUCUGAAAGACCUCCCAUUAAUCCAGGUCGACCAGUUUUAGCCCAAAGGAUGCUUCAGCAAAGUAGAGAAGCAGAAAAUGCUCUUGCCGAUGCAUUAUCUCCUGAAGAAGUUGAUCUUUCAUCAGAUUACUCUCGACUUUCAUUAGGACGUAAGGUGUCACGUGACGAAUCCGACGAAAGCGAAGCAUCUUCGGUAUGUUCGGAGCGAAGCAUUGAUUCGUUUAAGAGGAUAAAUGAUAGUUAUUCUUGGAAUGGAUCCCGCAAUCGUUUGGAUAGUUUCCGAGCUCCAAUUGAAGACAUCGACACAAUCAUUCAAUACUGUGCAUCGACGCACUGGUCAGAACGAAAAGAUGGCCUCAUUAGUCUAACUCAAUAUUUAUCAGAUGGAAAAAUUCUCACACCACAACAAUUGCAAUGCGUAUUGGAUAUGUUCCGUAAAAUGUUCAUGGAUAAUCACACAAAAGUUUACGCCCUCUUCCUGGACACAGUCAACGAACUGAUUCUGGCGCACUCCAAUGAAUUGCACGACUGGCUAUUUAUUCUCCUAACCCGUCUAUUCAACAAACUUGGCACUGAACUUUUGGGUUCGAUGCAUGGCAAAAUCUGGAAAACUCUCCAGCUUGUGCAUGAAUACUUUCCAACUGACAUUCAAAUGAAGGAUGUUUUUCGAAUUCUAUCCGAUUCGGCACAAACACCGCCAACUAAAACAAAAAUUGCCAUAUUGAAAUUCUUGACGAAUUUAGCAACAUCUUAUUGCACAGCUGGUGAUUUUCCCAAUCAGGGUCCCGUGGAGAAAGCCAUAUUGAAAAUAGUGCAGUUGGCUGGCGACCAGAAGAGCGUUGAACUGAGAGGUCAGGCGAGGUUGUGUCUUAUUGCAUUGUACAACUGUAAUACCCCAUAUAUGACGCAAAUUUUAUCGAGCUUACCAAAAACUUGUCAAGACUCAGCUCGAACUAUCAUUCAAACACAUUUGAAACGCAGCACAUCAGGAACAAAUAGCCCAUCAUCGCCAUUAUCAUGUUCGAGUCCAAAACCUUUGCUUAGUCCAUCGCAAGGUCCAUUUAGUUUACAAAAUAAUUCUAGUCCCCGUUCAAGACAGUCGUCUGUUGAAAAUAAUGACCCACUCAAUAGUGAAGAAGUUUAUAAGAGCUUGCGCAAGACAACAGCCGAAAUACAAAACUAUAGUUUCGAAUCGAAACUCGAUCGCGAUACGAAUAGCAAAGAUUCCGGAAUCAGUCAAAUGGGUGAUCAUGGAAUGGGAGGAAAUGCAAUGCAUAGCGAACAAUUUAAUGUGAUUUCAUCGAAUGGACUUAAUGGCCAUUUGCUAUUAUUAGACAAAGAAGACUCGUGCAAUGGUUCCAAAACACAAUCGGCAACCACAACAGAAUCAAAUACACCAGAGAGCACUGUGCGUCUGGAUGCAAUGGAUAUGCAAAAUCACAAAGUCUCCUCAGUGCAGAGACAUCAUCAGAACUUCCAGAUCGGGGAGAAUGGUGAAAUUAUUUUAGAAAAUGGUUCCAGUGAAAGUGAUAUAAUUAAGGCUGCCAUAGUUUUAAACUUAGACACAAAUUCAGAAGUAAUACAACAAACAUUGGCCGACCUGUCUGUGUGUAUAAAGAGCGGCAAUUGUGAUUUGCCGAAUAAAAAUUUUAAGGCCAUAAUGAAAAUGCUUCUAAGCCUAUUGGAAUCACCAACCCCAGAAGUUAUGACAUCUGCUCUUCAAGUAUUGGGCAAAAUCGUUCGCAGUGCGGAAAUGAAACCAUUCUGGAGUAAUUUUCUAGAAUUGAUACUUUUAAAAAUUAUCAAUUGUUAUCAAAAUAGCAAAGAGGCUUCUCGUGAAAUCGACAUCAUAAUACCUCGAAUAGCACCUGUUUUACCUCUUAACAUCUCAAUUAAUAUUUUAAAUCCAGUUAUUGCCACUGGAGUUUAUCCAUUGAACUUGUGUGCGGUUAAGUUACUUACGGAAUUGACCGAAAAACAAGGCAAUGAACUUACCGAUAUUCAUUUGGAAAGUAUUAUGCCAAAUUUAGCAAGGUUGACUGAUGACUCCCAAUCGAUGGUGCGUAAAGCAGCCGUAUUUUGUAUUGUUAAAUUGUACAUUGUUAUGGGUGAAGAUAAGGUUAAACCGAAGUUUUCGCUGUUGAAUCCUAGCAAAAUAAGACUACUUAACGUCUACAUUGAAAAAAAUCGUGGUACGAAAACUUCAUCAUGAUCGAAUGCCAAGUGAUUGUGGGCGAAAGGAAGACAUUUUGCAAAACGUUUUCGGCGCCUCAGUGGCAAGAUUAAAUUCAAAAACGGAACAAUUCCAGAAUAAAUGAAAUACGCUUUCACUUCACGCCACACACCACACAAAUAAAAAAAAAAUAACAAGUGAAAAUAUUAAAACAAAAAUUAAAAAAAAAAACAAUCCACACAAACUUUUCAGGAAUCUAGACAGAGAGAAAGAGAUCUAAAAGAUUGAUUGACGUUUUUAAGUUCUUUUUGUUUAAAAAUAUUAUUUAUAUAAAAAAAAAACACAAAAUAACUCCCUUUUCUGUUUAUCAUAAUUUUCAUUUCUGUUGUAGUGUAUGUUCGCAGUUUUAUAUAUAUAAUAUAUGUUCUUGUAAAGUGUGUAAAAAUAACGAGGGAAAUGAAAGGAAAACAAUUAGAUCAUAACUAUAAUUAUAUGUUUUAUUUAAAAAAAAGAAAAGAAUAUAUUGGCGUCGUUUUUAUAUCGUCGUCGCUUUAAGUAAUUUAAAAAAGAAGUAUAUACUGAUUUGUGGCAUAUAAAUAAAACAAAAACAGAAGAAACAAAAUAUUGAACGAAACAAAAACACAAUCGAGUGUAUUGUCUGUUGAAUAGAAAAACUAUAAGUUAAAAAAAACAACUUGGACAAAAGAAGAACGAUAAAUAAAAACUUCACAAAUCUAUCGAAAAACGUCAAAUAUAAACAAAUAAAACAAAACAAAAACAAAACAACUUUUUUCCAGUUUGUACAAUAUUUGAACAAUUUCUUGUGAAAUACAUUUCUUUUAUCAUGGUAUCCAUACCAGUUGUUAGUACGUAAGUGUGUUUGACUUUUUGGUAUAAUACACAAAUUUAUAUCGAAAAAGCCCGAAUUAACAAAAGAAUACAUUUUUUAAUUGUCAUAUUUUUAGUAUUAAACCUUUAUCCUUUCAACGACAAAAAAACAAAA